AAUAAUAAUAAUAAUAUUCCAUCUGUUUUUAAAUAUGAUGAUAUUAUAAAUAAUAAUGAUUAUAAGAAUUUCAACAUAGAACAUAACCACAAGCAUAUAAAUUAUUUUAAUAGUAAUACUAAUAAUAUAAAUAAUAAUAAUAAUAAUAAAAAUAAUAAUAAUAGUAAUAAUAAUAGUAAUAAUAGUAACAAAUUUAAUCUUUUAAAUAGUGCAAAAAAUUCUUACACAUGGUCAGAUAGAUUUAAUAUAAAAAAUAACAAUGAAAAUAUUGAUUCAAAUAAAAAAUAUUUUGACAAUAUAUAUCAAAAUCCUUAUAGAAAUAAUCAAAAUAUAACAAGUAAUCAGAUUAAUCAUGAUAUGAAUAAUGAACAAAUGAAUACAAACCAGUUUAAUAAUAUAUAUCGUAAUAAUAAAUUUACAAAGACACAAGAUAUAAAAAAUAAACAAGGGCAAUUAGGAAAUAAUGCUUAUUAUUUUAACCACACAAAUAAUAAUAAUAAUAAUAAUAAUAAUAAUACUUAUAAU